AAUUUCAGUGGAUACAAUCAUGUGCACUCUGAGGGUGCUCCUUCUUACGGUGGCUUUGGCCGCUAUUCCAAGUAAUACCGAAACCAUCAGUGUUCGUAGACCAACGGAAUGGUGGCAGACCGCAACCCUUUACCAAAUAUGGCCGAGAUCUUUCAAGGACAGCGACGGCGAUGGAGUCGGCGAUUUGAACGGUAUCACCAGCAAGCUGGAUUACCUGGCGGAAUUGGGGAUCGAAGUAGUCUGGCUUUCGCCAUUUUUCGCUAGUCCAUUGAUCGACAGCGGUUACGACGUUUCCGACUACCUGAGUGUAAACCCUGCUUACGGUACGUUGGAUGAUUUCGACGCGUUGGUUGCCAGAGCGAAAAAACUCGGGCUAAAAGUGGUCCUCGAUUACGUACCGAAUCAUACAAGCGACGAACAUGCAUGGUUCAAUUUAUCCAGACAUAGCGUGGAUCCUUACACGGAUUAUUACGUUUGGAAUGACGGUAUUUCGGUAAACGGAACUCGACAACCGCCGAAUAAUUGGUUGAGUGUUUUUAACAGCGGUAGUGCUUGGCAAUGGGACGAAACUAGGCAACAGUAUUACCUUCAUCAGUUUCACGUGAAACAGCCGGAUCUGAAUUUUAGAAAUGAAAAAGUUAUCAACGAAACCAAGAAUAUUUUAACAUUUUGGUUGGACCGUGGUAUCGAUGGUUUCCGCAUAGACUCGCUUCCCUACAUGGUGGAAAAUAUAGAUUUGCUGGACGAGCCCGAAUCCGGAUUGGAAGGGUACACGGAAACCGAUUUUUACUACCUGGAUCACAUCUACGUGAAAGAUCAACCGGAAAAUUAUGAAAUCGUGAGAACGUGGAGAAAUCACGUCGACGACUACUCGAAAUCAUCGAACGUCACGAGUACCAGAGUUACGUUCACCGAAGCUUACGCCAACUUAACGAACAUCAUGAAAUACUACGAGUACGGAUCCCACGUACCCUUCAAUUUCUUUUUCAUCAAAGACAGCGAGGGUGUGAACAACGCGAUUCUAGACACCGCUGACGACGUUGUCCAGAUCAUAACUCAAUGGAUGACCAACAUGCCCGAAGGAGGAACGGCGAAUUGGGUGUUUGGAAAUCACGACAACAGUCGGAUAGCUACCAAACUCGGCGAGGGUCGCGUAGACGCUGUGAAUAUUUUAUUAUUUUUACUGCCCGGAGUAGCGACGAUUUACAACGGCGACGAACUCGGUAUGACCGACACUUAUCUCACUUGGCAACAAACGGAAGAUCCUCAAGCUUGUAACACGGAUCCUUCUCGUUACGAAUAUUUUUCGAGAGAUCCAGAAAGAACGCCGUAUCAAUGGGACAAUACAACGUCCGCGGGAUUUUCCACAAAUAACGUCACCAUGUUGCCAGUUAAUUCGAAUUAUCUUGAAGUGAAUCUCGCUGCCCAACAAUCGUCCGAUGUGAGUCAUUAUAAAAAUGUAGAAGCUUUGAUUAAAUUGAGAAGGACGAACGUAAUUAGAGAGGGAAGUUUGGACGUCAAAGUGCUGAACGAUAGCAUUAUAUCUUUUUCGAGAGAACUGAAAAACGAGGAACCAAUAAUAGUGUUGAUUAAUUGGGACAACGAAACUUCAUCGACCGUCAACCUUGAAGUAUUCGAGAACGUUCCCGAUAACUUGGAAGUUUUGAUAGCUGAUAUACAUUCCGGAAUCGAUGUGGGAACAAAAUACGUGAAGAACGAAAUUUCACUCCCACCUAACGCUGCGAUCGUUCUCAGACGUGAUCAAACUUCCGGAUCUGGUGCCAUCGGAUCUAGCGAUCAUCAUUUGCUUCCAUUGCUCUCCAUAUUAUUCAUAACCCUUAUUGUAAAUCGAUUUUUCAAUUGUCAUUAAUGUUGAAUAACUUAUUAAAUAAAUUUUUUAAUUAAUAA